GAGCAUAGUGGAGACAUUUUGUCUUUCACAGCUUCAUUGUUAGUUUUGUAAACGCUUCAAAACGUAUCAUCUAAAGAAUUUGGACAUGGGAUCCUCUAAAAGCGAUCCUGUGCCACCGAGUGUCAAAAACAACAAGCCGUACGGUAAAGUGGUGUUGACGUUGAAAAAUCAACUUUUGCCCGAGGAAAAAUUGAGCCCGACCCCCUCGCAAAAUGACGGUUUGGAUCAGGACUCGGAAAUGGAUUUGCGAAUUUACGGGUGCGAGCUCAUACAGACGGCCGGGAUACUGUUAAAAUUACCGCAGGUAGCGAUGGCCACCGGCCAGGUGCUGCUGCAGCGCUUCUACUAUUCCAAGUCCCUGGUCAGGCAUCCGGUGGAUCACACCGCGAUGGCCUGCGUCUGCUUGGCCUCGAAAAUCGAGGAGGCCCCGCGUCGGAUACGCGACGUCAUCAACGUGUUCACGCACAUCCGACAAGUCAACAGCAACAAGCCCAUACAACCAGUAAUUUUGGACCAAAAUUAUAUACAACUGAAAAACCAGGUCAUCAAGGCUGAAAGGAGAGUUCUGAAGGAAUUGGGAUUUUGUGUACACAUUAAACACCCCCACAAGAUUAUCGUAAUGUACCUGCAAGUUUUGGGUUUCCAAAACAACCAAAAACUGAUGCAAUAUUCGUGGAAUUACAUGAACGAUAGUUUAAGGACGGACGCGUUUGUGCGAUAUCAGCCGGAGACUGUGGCCUGCGCAUGUAUUUACCUCACUGCCCGUAAACUAAAACUGCCUCUGCCAAAAAACCCUUCGUGGUACACGAUUUUCGGGGCUACCGAACACGAAAUCCGUGACAUUGCCGUUAGAAUAUUAAAAUUGUACAAUAGACCAAAACCGAAUGCAGAUGCGCUAGAGAAAAAAGUAGACGAACUAUGCAAGAAAUAUUUGGAUUUAAGGGCAAAAACGAGGGGUACUUCGGGGGGGAAUACCCCAAACAACGAUUCCAGUAGUCCCAACCAACAAAAAACAACUGGGGCGCAUAAUGCUUGGGGCGGUUUUAUAAGCCGGUCAGGAAGCCAUACAGCGCCUUUAUUGAACGAAAAAAGGUCGAGGAGCAAAUCGGGGAGUCAUUCUCCUUCAGGAGGAGGUGGAGGAGGAGGAGGGGGAAAACACCACAAGAGGGGGAAGAAACACAGGAGUAGAAGUAGAAGUCCCAACAGAAACCACAAAAAAAGUCAUAAAAGAAAGACUUAUUCAAGAUCUCGCAGCAAUUCUCCUCACGGAAAAUCAAGAAAGAGGGACAAAAGAAGAUCAAGGAGCGGAAGUAACGAACGCGAAACAAAAAACGAUCGUUACAUUGACAGGUACGAAAAAAAUGACAAGUAUGACAGAUACGAAAAAAAUGAUAAGUACGAAAGAGAUCGUUACGAUAAAUACGAAGAUUCAAAAAAAGAUAGACACGAAAAAAAAUACGAGAGAGAUGAUAAAUAUAGGGAUGAGAAAUACUCCUCUAGGGAUGAUAAAUACAAAAAAUCAUCAAAACAUAGGGAUGACGAUAGGGAUCGAUCAAAAGAUCGUAGGAGAUGAAAAGAUUUAAAAAUGCUAUCAAAUGGAUUUAAAAUGGGUAUAUGUAUUUUUAAACAAAAUAAUUUUAUCCAAGAGUAAAUUUAGCUCAAUUUUAGUUUUUUUAUUAUUGCGUUAAAUUGUAACAGGAUGUACAAAUAUAUUUUUCAUUAAU